AGCUCAGUCCUGCUAGAGAAGAGUAGCCCGGCUCCUUCCAGGACUCUUUAUCUUUUGGGCGCGACAUAAAUCGAGGUGCAAGAAGAGAGGAAAAUCUUCAGAUACCUACAGGAUUAAUUUAUUCAAAAAAGAAACACUCAACAUGCAAAAGUCUUGCGACGAGAACGAAGGAACAGCCCAGAACACACCAAAGGCAGAUGAAGGCCAUCCUUCAGAAGAUCCACCACAGCAGGGAGGAGAAAAUCCUGAGGCUUCUGGAGAAAGUGGGGGGGAGGAAGCAGAUGGGAGCCUUAGAGAAGAGCCUGCUCAACCCAGCCUGGAGCCUAAAGAGGACACUCCCACAAGGCAUCUAAACCCUGAAGAAGUGAUAAGAGGAGUAGAUGAGUUGGAAAGGCUUAGGGAAGAGAUAAGAAGAGUAAGAAACAAGUUUGUGAUGAUGCACUGGAAGCAAAGACAUUCCCGAAGCCAUCCUUACCCUGUGUGCUUCAGGCCUUGAAAGCUUUUCUUUCUGAGAUUGAAAUCUGGCUGCUGCUUUCUUUCUCUUAGCAUUUUCUGAUCUAUCUUUGAACUUCAUUUUACUUUUAAUUACCUAUCUGGUAUUUUCUUUUAGAUAGUUUUGUUGUUGCCAGCAUCUCAUUGGAUUUUGGAUUUUGACCCAUUUUCCACGUUUAUUUUUCAGUUGGAAAGUGUCACACUUGUGCAUGGAAAUGUGUUCAUUCCAUAUUAUACAAUUAAAAGCAGCAUAUUUAGUAUCAGCUCACAUAUAUAGGAAAAUUCCUAAUUAUGUGUGUACAUGUAUAAUUAUAUGUAUCAAAAAACUUAACAG